AUGCUGGGGCGAACGCUGAGGAGGUACAGCUCGCUGAAGAGCCUGCCCAAGGAAAUCCUGAACCAACCAACCACUCGAGUAAGCGAGUUGCCAAACAAACUCAAAAUAGCUACCGUCAAAAGCACAUGUGAAGUACCCACCAUAGGUAUAUGGAUCAGCAGUGGAAGUAAAUAUGAAAAUCAACAGAACAAUGGAGUAGCUCACUUUCUCGAGCACAUGAUAUUCAAAGGAACUAAUAAAAGAAGCAGAAUCCAACUCGAAAAAGAAAUUGAAAAUAUGGGAGCACAUCUUAAUGCAUAUACAGCUAGAGAACAAACCAGUUACUACUGCAGAUGCUUCAAGGACGAUAUAAAAUGGUGCAUUGAACUCUUAAGUGAUAUACUUUCAAAUAGUGUGUUCGAUGAAGAUCUUAUUAACAUGGAAAAGCAUGUCAUAUUGAGGGAAAUGGAAGAAGUAGAAAAGUCAAAGGACGAAGUCAUAUUCGAUAAACUUCAUAUGACUGCAUUUAGGGAUCAUCCUCUAGGCUACACCAUUUUAGGACCCAUAGAUAAUAUAAAAAAUAUGAACAGACAAAACAUCAUUAAUUAUAUUAAUACCAAUUACACUUCAGACAGAAUGGUUCUUUGUGCAGUGGGUGAUGUGGAACAUGAACAGGUUGUUAAAUUAGCAGAACAACACUUUAGGCAUUUAAAGCCUCAAACUGCUAAUAUGGGUUCUACAUCUAAUAUAGAUACUGUCAAACCCUACUUUUGUGGGUCAGAAAUUAUCAUGAGAGAUGAUGAUUCAGGACCUAGUGCACAUGUAGCUGUAGCCUUUGAAGGAGUUGAUUGGAAAUCGCCGGAUUCAAUAACAUUCAUGCUAAUGCAAUGUAUUAUUGGUACUUAUAAAAAAAGUGAAGAAGGUAUCCUGCCAGGAAAACUUUCAGCAAACAGAACCGUUAAUAAUAUUUGUAAUAAAAUGACAAUCGGAUGUGCCGACUACUUUUCUGCUUUUAAUACAUGCUACAACAAUACGGGUUUGUUUGGAUUCUAUGUACAGUGUGAUGAGCUAGCUGUGGAACAUGCUCUGGGGGAACUCAUGUUUGGAGUCACUUCCCUAAGUUAUAGUAUCACAGAUGAAGAAGUCGAGCUAGCCAAAAUACAUUUAAAGACACAACUCAUUAAUAUGUUCGAGUCGUCAUCCACCUUGGCAGAAGAAGUGUCUAGGCAAAUUCUGGUGUACGGAAGAAAUAUCCCCUUAGCAGAAUUUCUCUUGAGGCUGGACAAAAUUGACACUGAAGAAGUAAAACGGGUUGCUUGGAAGUAUUUGCAUGACAGGGAGAUUGCCGUGGCCGCCAUGGGUGCCCUCCACGGCAUGCCGCAGUACUACGACCUCAGGCAGAAGACCUUCUGGCUCAGAUACUAG